AUGAUACAGACCGCCCGGACGAACUUCCCGUCCACUCCAUUGUCUUUCCGGUCCUCUUCCAGUUCUUCACCAAUUCUCGGCGACUUGUCUCGGAAGUCUUCUUCCUCUCGCUGUUCUUGCGGCUCUUCCUCGCCUUCUCCCGCCCGUGGAACGGCGCCUCGUCGCCCCCCAGUCUCCUCGCUUCGUCUCUCUCUCCCGCGCGCCGUCGCCUCUGCGCAGCCGUCAUUCUGUUGCAACUCAUCGCGGUCUUCCUCUUCUCUCUCGUCCUUCAGCCUCUCUUCUUCUCGGCCUUUUCUCUCUGCGCGGCCGCCCUGGGGCUCGACCCUCGGCUUAAAGUCGAAGACGCGCGUCGGCCGCCAGCCCCGAGGCUACCCCGCGUACCUGUUCCACCUGCAUGAGGCAGGAAAAACAAUUUGCAGAAGAUGCGACGCAUGCCCGUUCCGUCUCCUUCAGCGUGAACAGGAGGAGCUGCGGAGGUUGCAGGCUCUCCUUCUCGCGAGGAAGAACCGGGAGAGAUCUGAAACGCGGGAAGACGUCAAACCUGUGCAGCGGGAAUCCCCGUCCUUUCUUCUGAAGCACUCAGAAGAGCGGAAAGACGUCUUGCCUGGGAGAACCGAGAACGACGGUCAAGGCCCCUCGCUGACUUCCACGCACCUCAGGCUAGGUCUGCUGUGUCAACCGAUGGCGACAGCAUGA